CAUCAUCAAGUCGUACGUUGUGAGGUUGUUUGGUUUUUACUGUCUAGCGUUUUAAUAAACUUUUGUUGCAAGCAAGUAAAGAGCCAUGGCGUCUCAACAAGAGAAGAAGCAGCUGGACGAGAGAGCGAAGAAGGGAGAGACAGUCGUGCCAGGUGGCACUGGAGGCAAAAGCUUCGAAGCUCAACAACAUCUCGCUGAAGGGAGGAGCCGAGGAGGGCAAACUCGAAAGGAGCAGUUAGGAACUGAAGGAUAUCAGGAGAUGGGACGCAAAGGUGGUCUUAGUACCGGAGACAAGCCUGGUGGUGAAAACGCUGAGGAUGAAGGAGUCGAGAUAGACGAAUCGAAAUUCAGGACCAAGACCUAAAUCGAACUCCCCACGGAUGUAAUAUUAAUCUGGUUUAAAUCUUUUCGUGUAGUUGUAUGUUGUGUUUAGUUUCCUGUGGUACGUAAGUUCUUGUUUAGUUUACGGGAUGAUGAUGACCAUGUGUAUGUUUUCGUCUACGUAAAGUGUUUCGUUUGUGUUCCAGUACCCGUCUCUCUUCUUUAGUAAGAAGUUGAAUAUUUUGGAAUCUCAAUAUAGUGUUGUUGGAGUC